AUGCCUGGUGUGAUAGUUGCUGGAAAUAGCAUCGGGGGAGAUAACGCCACACAACUAAGUGGACCCGGUGGAAUAUUUGUCGAUGUAUUUGGAAUAUUAUACGUUGCAGAUUCACAAAAUCAUCGAAUCCAAAGAUGGGAUAAUGGAGCUUUGUCUGGUGUGACAGUAGCAGGCACUGGAGUAGGCGGUAGUAAUUCCUCUCAAUUAUACUAUCCACGUGAUAUCGUCGUCGACUCAAAUGACUACAUGUAUAUAGCAAAUGCAGGAGAUAGCCGAAUCAUUCGAUGGGCACCAAAUUCGAAUACUGGUGAAUGUAUAGUGGCCUGUAGUGGUAUUUUUGGAAAUGGAGCUGAUCAGAUAAGUUUGCCGUUUGCGUUGGCAUUUGAUAGCUAUGGAUCUAUUUAUAUUAGUGAUACAUUCAGUAGUCGAGUUCAAAAAUUUGAAAUACUUGACAGCUUUGGUUAUGAUAUUAUUGUAAAUAAUAUUGAUGAAGUUAAUGAGGAUGAACGAUCAGAUUCAACAUGA